AGCACAGUCCGCAAUCUCCAAUCGCCACAUCUCCCCACUUCCCGAAUCCUUUUCCCUUCAAGCGCAGUAGAUCGCCAUGGAUGCCUCAGCCACCGUAGCCGCCGGAAAGGCGAAGAAGGGCGCGGCCGGGCGCAAGGCGGGUGGCCCCAGGAAGAAGUCUGUGUCGCGGUCCGUCAAGGCCGGACUCCAGUUCCCCGUGAGCCGCAUCGGGCGCUACCUGAAGAAGGGCCGCUACGCCCAGCGCGUCGGCACCGGCGCUCCCGUCUACCUCGCGGCAGUCCUCGAGUACCUCGCCGCCGAGCUGCUGGAGCUCGCGGGGAACGCCGCCAAGGACAACAAGAAGAGCCGCAUCAUCCCCCGCUACCUGCUGCUCGCCGUCAGGAACGACGAGGAGCUCGGCAAGCUGCUCGCCGGCGUCACCAUUGCGCACGGCGGCGUGGUCCCCAAGAUCAACCCGGUGCUGCUCCCCAAGAAGACGGCUGAGAAGUCGACCAAGGAGCCCAAGUCGCCGAAGAAGACCGCCAAGUCCCCUAAGAAGGCAUAGGAGGCGCGUCGCUUUGCUUAGAUUGUUGUACGUAGCUGGGAUGGAUCUGUUGGGUGUGCUUCAGAGGAGACGAUUGUUGUACGAUGCUGUAUCUUCUCACCUGUGACUUCCAUGGAACGAUGCGUUGCAUAAACAAUUGUGUUCCCUUUGCC